CGCGCGGGGCUCCUCCUCCUCCGCGCGAUGCCGUCGCACGCGGAGAACAUCAGGCGCCUGACCGCGCUCGCGAACGACGGGAACAGGAUCGCCGCGCACGCGCUCGCGCGCCAUCACCUCGACGGCACCGGCGGCCUCGAGGUGGACCACGCCAAGGGAUGGGCGAUGCUGGAACACGCGUCGGAUCUGGGCAACGCGCGCGCGAGCAAGGAGCUGUGCACGCCGCGGGGACUGAAAUACAAGCAGGCGAGGGCGACGGGGAGCAGGAAAGCGCUCGACGCGUUCGUGAGGGAGUGCGAGGCGGAGGACCGGACGCCGAGGUCGCCCGAGGGCGCGCGCGACGAAGAAGAAGACGAGAAGCGAUGGUGGCGCGGCGCGUCGCUGAAGAAGCGCGAUCCCGCCCCUCCAUCGCGCGCGUCGUCCGUUCUCGCGUCGUCCAGGGCGACCACGCCCGGGUCGUCGGAAGCCGACGCGGACGCCCUCGCCGGUCGUCUGCGUCGCGCGGGGUUGACGGACUACAACGCGAUGGCGAGCGGCGGCGGCGGCGGUCCGAAGUCGACAAUAUUUAAGAUGAACGCGUCCGCGGCGUCCGCGGCGCCGUCGACGACGUCGCGCGGCAAAAACGACGCGCGCCGCGAGAAGGAGCUCACGAAGCGCGCGCGCGCGGGCGACGCGGACGCCGCAUGGGAGCUGUCCGACGUCUUCUUGAAGAACGCGACGUUUGAGGGCGCCGCCGAGGGCGUCGACGUCGCGUCCGGGUGGCUGUGGAUCGACACCGCCGCGGGGUUGGGGCACCGCGCGGCGGCGGCGGCGAUGAAAACGCGAAUCGGACAGCUGUACAAAGACGGCCCCACGGCGCUGUUUCUCAAGGUGGCGCCGCGCGGGGAGAAACGGUUCGACUGGAGCGUGGGCGAAUGCCACGAGCGAGGCGAGGGCGGGGUGAAGACGCCGUCGAUGCGAGACGCGCAGCCGCACUACAGAAGAGGCGCCGACGCGGCGACGCCGGAGGAAUGGCAUCAGCUCGCGAAACGCUGCGCGGACGGUGGUCACCACGCGGACGCGCUGCGGUGGUACACGAAAGUCGCGCGCGCGUCGACGCCCGGGAACGUCCUGCCCAUCUCCGUCGACGCCGCGUACAGAGUCGCGAUGUGCCACGAGAAAGGGACGGGGGUCGCGGCGAACCACGAAACCGCCGUCGCGUGGUAUCGCGCCGCCGCGGACGGCGCGCACGUCGAAGCCGCGUCGCGCCUCGGGAUCCUUCUGUUCGACAAGUCGAAGGCGUACGGCGAGGCGGUGAGGUGGCUGGAGAUGGCGGCGACGCGCGGCGACGCCGUCGCGGGGUUGAAGCUCGGGUUGGCGUACGCGACGGGAAAGGGCGUCGAGAAGGAUCCGCGCGCAGCGGCGAAGUGGUACCAAAAAGCCGAGGAAGAACACCAACACGCGCGGAAGGGCGUGAUCAAGGAGGGCAGGAAGCACAUCAAGGAGGUCAAGGCGGAGCGCGCGAAGCUCAAGGCGGGGAAGCGAUGGUGAGACGAGCGGAGCGACGCGCGCGCGCGCGGUGCCCUUACCCUUAGACUACUGUAGACUACCUUUAGUUACCACUCCGACGCGCGUCCGUCGUCGCGAGGAGAGAGCGCUCGCGUUCGCGUUCGCGUUCGCUCGAGCGCCGCGGCGGCUUCCCUCGCCGGCUCCACCGG